UCAUUUAAUUAAUAUUUUAUUUUAUUGAUUACAAGUUUAAAAAGAAAGAAAAUAAUUUAGUCGACGGACGGCUCAUUUUGUAUGUUUUCAAUUUCACUGGUUUUAAAAUCACAUGUGAAAACAGUAAGCAUGGCUAGGAAGUGGGCAGUGGAACAUAGUUCCUACAGAGAUCAGCGAUUUAAGGGUAGUAGAAUUGAACAAGAAAGGUUAUUGUUGAUUAGCUGCACUUUAUAUGUUGGUAAUCUUUCCUUUUAUACCACAGAAGAACAAAUCUAUGAAUUAUUUUCCAAAUGUGGAGAUGUUAAAAGAGUUGUGAUGGGAUUGGAUAGAUUUAAGAAGACGCCUUGUGGUUUUUGUUUUGUGGAAUACUACAUUAGAGUAGAUGCAGAAAAUGCAGUAAGAUAUAUUAAUGGAACUAGACUCGAUGAUAGAAUAAUUAGAACUGAUUGGGAUGUUGGAUUUACUGAAGGAAGACAAUAUGGAAGAGGAAAGAGUGGUGGUCAGGGUUGGUGGGUCAUCAUGGUUAGCAGUUUCCUCUUUAAAUUAAGGUUCGAGACGAAUAUAGAACAGAUUACGAUGAUGGACGUGGAGGUUAUGGAAAAUUGCAGCAACAUCGAAUGGUUUCGUCGUGGAAUUCCGAACCAUUUUGAUUUCGGAUUGUAUACUAAAUUAAUACUUUUAAAAGUUUUUAUCCGUUUUUAAUGUACACACAAAAAAAAUCUAUCAUAUAUUUUGAAAACGUUUUAUUUUAUGUAUUUAAGAUUCAUCCGUGUAAAUAUAAUGUUUUUAAUGGUUUUAAUCCGAGCAAGAAUCUCGUUACUUAACGUAUGUAAGCGCCCAGAUUACAAUAGCAUACAAGACGUUAUACAUGGGUGCUUUAAUUAUAGAAGAGUUACUGUUGAAGAGACUCGCUUCAGACUCAGGAACAUCCUCUGCAAUUUCACAACCAGCAAUUAAAGAAAUUGGUGCACACAAUGCAACAGUUUUUUUAAAAUCCAUAACUCUCUCGCCAUUUGAAAUCACUAGUUUUGAGAUGGAAAGGAUUUUACUGUAAAUUUGUUUACUAUCUCAAUCAGUUGUGAUCAUUACAUAAAUUGUAUAUUGUGCUGUAAAAUUUUAGAUAAUGUCAUGUUUUAGAAAGUUUAUUGUUAAACUUUUUGUAAAUUUAUCGCCAAAGUUGUAUGUUAAUAUAUCAACUUAUUUCUAAUCAUUUUAAUUGUAUUAUAAUCAUCUCAAAAUGUCGUUUGAGUGUUUUAUUUUAGUUUUAAGUUCGAAUGAUAAAAUAAAAAUGUUAACUAAUUUAUUUUAUGUUUUAAGGAAUGAAAACUUAUCGAGACGAAUAUUCUAAUAAAUUAA